GGAUCCAGAAUGUGCGCCUGGAAACUUCGUAGCGGUUGUCUCUGUUGUAGCGCCGUUGGCGCCGUCAGAGCAUAUGCACGCGAAAGUGUGAUAGGAAACGAGGAAUGAGCUAUCUUUGCGUGCGACUGCUGGUGAAAUGAAUAGUGGUCAUAGUAAAGUCCGAGCGCGUGCCAUGCGGGUGCGUGCGAAAGCGUUCGAAGACGACGAAGUGCUCCAUGUCGCGCUAAGCUCGUGUGACGGCUCGUGAUAAUCCUUUCGAUCGCUUGUACUUCGGUCUCUCUUUCGCUGAGCAAGAUCCGCAGAAGCCAUGACUACCGCCGUGAGGAUCAAGCGCAAAGCCGACGAGAGCCCUGCGGAUGCUAUUGUUCUGGCUGCAAAAAGAGCAAGAGCAACCGAGACCGAAGAUGAGCCUGCGCAGAAUUUCACAUUUCAGUACGCCGGCACGGUCGACACCCUUGGUGACGUUGAAGCGGCUAUCCAGCAGGUGAAAGAGGCAAGUCGUCAUAGAGCAGACCCAAAGAUCCAUCCUGUUGACCUACAGUCAAAGCUGAGAAAUGAACAUCGUUCAGCUAGUAAACAAAGUCGCCUGCAGUUGCUACUGCAACAUCGGGCGAUACUCGAGGAGAUUUGCUCGGAAGAAAUAACCGAUGAAAACUUGGAGGCUCCACGUGAGUCGACGCACAGCCUGUUCCGUCUUUACGACGUGUUCGAUGAAGACAAAAAGAGCAAGGACACAAAGGAAGAUGAGCAAGCAAAAGAAGGGACUUCAGAAGUUGCAUGCAAUGACGUUCCCAUGGUCCGAGAAGCUGUCAAGGAGACAACAGUAGAUGGUGAUUAUGUGUACGACGUGUACUUUAACAACCUCCUUUGCAACUUCAUGAGUGAGGACGAGUUCAGCCUGUUCCGUUGCGGUCCUCCCGAUGCCUUUUCACGGGACCACAACACCGCAUAUGACUCCGAUCCUGGCUCUGAUGCUUUUGGUGGAGAAGACAGUGAUGACAGCAAUGCUGAAGAUAACUGGAGGAACGACUACCCAGACGAAGAACAUCACUUCCGAGAAGUACCUGAGCUGGAUGAUAGCUACUUUGAGGAGUUGGACACAAACUUUGUGAGCCAUCGGCUAGAUCACCUGAACUUCUCCGAUGAUGAUGAUGGCUCAGCAUCGGAGGAUGAGGUUGUCUCAAAUUCUCUCCAUGAUUCUCCACCAAAGGACGACUAAGGAAAGUCACAUUUCAGAAAAAUUGUCUGGUUGUUUGUAAUAAAGUUGUGCAACAGUUU